CCUGACUACAACAAACCAAACACAAUGAAAAUGUUUUCCUAUAUUGGCAAGAAACUUGAACAACUUUGUAGUUCCUGUUUGUGUCGGUUCACAUUCACUCUUCGUGUAAACUGGUUUUCAUUAGAGUUGUUAUAUUUUCUCUUUAUAUCCACUUUAGGGUUUCUUAUUCUUCAUUCACUGGAUGUAAGAACCACAACUUUCACCCCGAGGAACUUGGACUUAUUCUUCACCUCCGUCUCGGCUGCCACAGUUUCGAGCAUGUCGACAGUCGAAAUGGAGGUUUUUUCCAACGCACAACUUAUCAUUAUGACAAUCCUGAUGUUCAUCGGUGGUGAGAUCUUCACUUCAUUGGUUGGACACUAUAUCCGUACGUUCUUUGUACACGAUUCUCCAAAAGACGGUAACAAAGUUGAUUUCUGUGAUACACAAUCUAGUUUUUCGGAUAAAAUCGAGCUAAAUGACCUAAGCAUCAUUGAAUUUGGAAAACAAAAAUCUGACCAUUUCUCUAUGGAGGAUUUAAAGCACCAAUCCUUAAAGUUUUUGGGUGUUGUAGGGUUGUUUUACUUUGUGCUUGUCCAGUUUUUGGGUGUGGUCUCAGUUUUGAUAUAUCUAAGUGCCAUAUCUAGUGCCAAUAGUAUACUCAACCACAAGGGUCUACACCCUCUCACUUUCUCCACCUUCACUAUAGUUUCAACCUUUGCAAACUGUGGGUUUGUUCCAACCAAUGAAAACAUGUUAGUCUUCCGAAAAAACUCCGGCUUGUUGUUAAUCCUCAUCGUUCAAAUUCUAUUAGGCAAUACAUUCUACCCUCCCGCUUUGCGGUUUUCGAUUUGGUUUAUAGGAAAAUUUGCUAAGAAAUCUGAAAGUAGGUACUUGCUAAAGAACUCCAAAGACAUUGAGUAUGGUCAUCUUUAUUCUUACCUACACUCUAUCUUUCUUUUGGUUACUGUGUUAGUAUUCAUUAUGGUGCAAUAUAUUUUGUUUUCAUCAAUGGAGUGGAGUUCAGAAUCUUUAAGUGGUUUGAAUGUGUAUCAAAAGCUUGUUGGAAUUUUGUUUCAGACAGUAAACUCAAGAUAUACUGGUGAAUCAAUUGUUGAUCUCUCCACCAUUAGUAGUGCAAUAUUGGUGUUGUUUGUCCUAAUGAUGUAUCUUCCACCAUAUACCUCAUUUCUACCUGUAGCAGAAGAGAGUAGUGAACAAGGGAGAAAAAGGAGUAGAAAAAUCAUGGACAACUUAAUCUUCUCACAACCGAUAUACUUGGUCAUCUUCGUUAUACUUGUUUGUAUAACCGAGAGGAAACAGAUGGUUGAUGAUCCCCUCAACUUCAAUGUUUUGAACAUUGUGGUUGAAGUUGUUAGUGCAUAUGGAAAUGUUGGAUUCUCAACAGGCUAUAGUUGUGACCGUCGAUUAAAACAAGAUGGAGUUUGUCAAAACAAGUGGUAUGGAUUCUCGGGGAAGUGGAGCGAUGAGGGGAAACUCAUUCUAAUUAUCGUUAUGAUCUUCGGUAGGCUAAAGAAAUUCAAUAUGAAGGGAGGCAAAGCAUGGAAGGUCUUAUAAUUUUGAUAAGUAAGUUAGUAAUGAAGAUCUUAUGUUAAUUACAUGCUGUAAGUAAUGGUACUAGCUAAUAUAUGUAAUUUGUAUUGUAAUACGUUUGUGAAAGCUGAAACCGAUGUCAAUAGUUAAUGUGUUUUAAUGUUCCAUCGUAAA